GGAAGUAGCAGUGAAAACCGGUUCCACCAUAGAUCUGCCGGGAAGGGUUGUUCCCGCUAGCCAGCUCCCUGUGGCCUGUUUCUGCGGCUGUGCCCGGCCCGGCCGGGUUUCUCAGGCAGUGGGGCCGCCGGCUAUUCCGGUCUGACGGAUUUCCACCGCCCGGCUGGGGAGCAGCCUGCCAGGCUCAUUCUGGCCUCACAGGGGUUUGCCAUGGGUGUAAUGCAGCUGGCUUCCGCAGAGUUUACCCUGACUUACACCGGCGUCUGGGCAUGAGCCAAAGCCUGUUGCAGCUAAGGGGAGUCAUUCCACGGAUUUCAGCGCCCUGUGGACCCUGGCCCCGAAAGCCCCGUCAUGGCUCGGUAGCAUGGAGCCCUGCCGGCCCUUUUCCGUUCCAAGAGGACACGCCGGCCCCUCGCCCAGGUGGAGGCGGGUCCGUGUUUCAGAGCAGCCGGCGGAGCCAGCCCUGCAGGAAAAUGGGAGCCGUUACUCCAGUGUGACCAGUGUUUCCGAGUGACCAGCUAAGACCCCCGUGGGAGGAAGGAAAAAACCAGCAUGGAUGGGCUCCUAGAACAGACCGGUGUGCUAAUGCACGGUAAAAUCGCUGAAGCUGGGAAAAAGAAUGGCUUAAUUAACACCAGGAACUUAAUGGCGGAGAACAGAGAUGGCCUGGUCUCCGUGUACCCAGCCCCACAGUACCAGAGCCACAUUGCGGGCAAUCUCGCUGCUCAAAGCAGGAGCGACCCGGUGCAGCAGCUGCUGGACCCCAAGACGCUCCAGCAGACGGUGGAGUCCCACUAUCGCCCCAACAUCAUCCUCUACUCGGAGAACGUGCUGCGCUCCUGGGGGGAGAGCGUGAGCGCCGAGUGCUGUGAGACCACCUUCAUCGAGGACCGCUCCCCCACCAAGGACAGCCUGGAGUACCCCGACAGCAAGUUCAUCGACCUCUCCGGUGACGACAUCAAGAUCCACACCCUCUCCUAUGACGUGGAGGAAGAUGAGGAUUUCCAGGAGCUGGAGAGCGACUACUCGAGUGACACAGAGAGUGAAGACAAUUUCCUCAUGAUGCCCCCAAGGGAUCAUCUCGGCCUCAGCGUAUUCUCCAUGCUCUGCUGCUUUUGGCCACUGGGGAUUGCUGCCUUUUAUUUGUCACACGAGACGAACAAAGCAGUGGCCAAGGGAGACUUCCACCAAGCAAGCUCCAGCUCCCGGCGAGCCCUCUUCUUGGCUGUGCUGUCAAUCACGAUUGGAACUGGCAUCUAUGUGGGGGUUGCUGUGGCUCUGAUCGCCUACCUGUCCAAGAACAACCACUUGUGAGGCUCAGGAGAGAGGAAGAACCGCCCGUGCAGCUCUCUGCAGUGCAGAAAACCACAGCAGCUUGGACUGCAAUUUUCCAAGGCACCCAUGAGACACACGUGCUGGUGUUGGAUACUGGAAAGACAGGAAAGUGGGUUGAUGGUUUAUGAUGCACCAGUCCUGCAUCUUUUCAUCCUCCAACUCUUCUUUGUUUUACACAAUACUGUGUUUACAAGAAUCUAGUUCCUGCUGGUGAGCUAGAACUUUGCCCCCGCCCCUGGUUUGCCCCGGCUUGCUCGUUAAUACGUUAGUCCACACUGCACUGAACUCUGCAGGAGCACACUCAGCCACUGGUUCUUAGAGGAGCGAGCCCUCAAAGGGGAAGUUUUUCCUUGGACAGUAGGACGCGUGUGCUGAACGGUGAGAUUGAGGCCUCAGCAUAGAACGGUGUUGCCUAAUCUUCUUGCAUUCAGUAGGCUGCCGUAAGAGGAAAAAAGAGAAAAUGAUUUUCCUUUCCUGCUUUUGGUUCAUUUUCAAAUGAAACUAAUGGGGCGAGGCCGUGCAUAGCGACAGCUAAGCACGAACACGCUCAGUGCACGGAACAUGAGGUUCGUCUAGCAUGGGCUCUGUUGUAAAAUUAAUCCUUCACGUCAGUCAUGCUGCGUGGGUGACACUCCUGAGCCACGUACCGCAGUCAGGCAGCCUCCGCCUCCCUGCGGGGACAAUGCAGCAGCUAAAGACGAGCAGCCCUUGGAAAUAUGUCCUGGGCACGCAGGGGACUAACAAAGGGAGAGAACACUUUGUAGCCCACCCUGGAGAGGACUCAGACAGAGAACAGCAAAGGAGGACACUCAGAUUCCUACAUCAUGGCACCCCAGCUCAUUCGUAGAAAUCAUUUUCUCACUGUGUGUCCCGCCAGACAGCUGGACGGGUGUACGGGAAAGGAACUAAGUGUUCUCCUCGUUUCACAAGAGGCUUAUUUGCUUUCUGACACCCCCACCACCUUUUCUUUUUCAAAUCUCGCAUUCCUUUCCAGAGCGUGGGUUCAUUGGCGAGAGAUCUGUACAUAAUAAUGUCGGAACAUGGAUCAUUGCAAAUGGCUGUUUUAAUAUUCACUCAUUGGGGUUCUGUCAGCACCAUUUAUUUAUCGAAGAAGGCCCGUGAGAAUCAUUUGUUCCAAUUCUGUAUUUCUUGUCUGGUUUCUCCCUUUGUUUUGGGAGGGAGGGGAGUUGGGGAGGAGUACAACCCCGUUCAGGACUAGUUUUCGGCUAGUUCUACAGUUCAUUAAAACACGCAGCAUUCAGCAGCUAGGGCAAGUGCUGGAGCUUUCUUUGGUCAGCUGCGGCUGCCAGGGCCCUGUAAUGUGCAGGGGUAGCAGCCCAGGCUCUCUCAAGCCAGAGUUCAUGCAAUCAGGGAAGAAGAUCUGAUUCUGCACUGUAGACGGUGAAGGCCAAGAUAAUGCUCCCACUGCACCAGGCCCGAGGCAUAAAGCAGUGUCUUCCUCGUCCUUUUUAUCCACUGUGACAGCGGGGCGAAAAACAAAAGUGAGAGUGCAAGAUAAGCGCACAGCCGUUUAGGCUAUAGCUUCAUUACACCCUGACCACAUGGAUUUUUCGAGUGUGCGGCAACACACACCCUAACGUGUAGGUGCAAAACCUUAACAGCCCCACCCCUGCGUGCUGUAAGGGACCGGGUGUGGCCCCUCUUGGGCAGGAAGGGUAGUUAGCAAGGGCAAGGUCAGAGGAAGAGGGUCCGAAAGUCUCGAAGUGGGUACAAGUGAGACUUGGCUUACACCUGGCCAAGCGAACGGCGUGACGGUGAUGGAGCCCGGGCUUGGGCUCUCCCCCUCUAGCAUUGUGCUGACACACAAUACAGGUGUAGCGUUUGAACAGUGCAUUCAGCCGUGCUACAAACCCUUGUGGGCGAGUCCCUUCCAGACGGGUGUCCCCGGGUGCUACGUGGUCCGUGAGCCAGUGUUAGCCCAGCACAUCCAUUAACGCUCCGCAAAGCGCUAAGGAGGGCGGGGAUGCAUGCACCCAGCUCAGAGCCCCAGCUCCGGCCCUACGUUCAGCUCAGUAUUUGUAGCACUGGCCCAUCCUUAUUCGGGGGCCCACUUGCACCGCCAGCUCGGAGCACCCCAACACUCGGGAUGUUCGGCUCAGGGUGGCAAUUUUUGACCCACCAGGUGUUGGGUUUUUCAGCUGUGUGGCUCCUUGGUUCCCCUGGGUAGACAAAAGGGGCAGUGCUGGGGUUUGGCUUUGGAGUCAGCCUUGGUGAUAAAGCCUGUUGCUGACGUUUUACACACAGGCAGUGAUGGGGGGCAAGGCCCCCCUCCCCCCAAACGACAGCGAGCUCAACCCAGGCAGCAGGAGGCUCGUGCUGGUGGCAAAACACCCUUUCUGCAAGGGGGGGGGCUGCAGCCACUACACCCACAGGCUCUAGCAACCCCCCCACACACCCACCCACCCGCCCGCACCCCUGCCCCUGCCCCUGCCCCAUGCCCAGCAGCUGCAGCUAUCUCAGCGCAAGCUG